GCCCUCAGGCCCACUGUGCAAUGUGAAGCACUUGCCCGUGUCCUGUCUUUCCAGCGCCUUCUUCGACGGCCUGCAGCCGUUCGUGUACCUUUUGGCGGGCUGCGGCGUCGUCCCGAUCGCCUUCCGACCGCUGCGGGUGAGCUUCCACCCCGUCCGCUCCUCCCUGCUGUACGCCGUGGCCGUGCAGGCCAUGGUGCUCUGGUCCGCGCGGGAGGCCUUCCUCACCCACCAGGUGAACGCCGAGGAGCUGACGGAGGUGCUGGAGGGCGCCGACUGGACCAGCUCCUUCGUCUCGGCGCACUCCAUCGUGCACCUCAUGGGCUGGUUCAUCACGCCCGUGUUCUGGAUCGAGAGCCACCGGAUCCAGAGCCUCAACCCGACCUGCUGCUACCUCAUGGAGCGGUUCGGCGCGGACUGGCACCGCCACGGCCUGCCGUGCCACAAGUACCGAUGGCACGUGUGGGCCGUGACGGCGAGCUCGGUCCUGCUGCCCCUGUACGUCCUCUGGUGGAAUUUCAUGGUGGAGUCCUCCAUGACCGGCAUCAAGCACAUGCCCGCGCACGUCUACAUCAACAUCCUGCUCGUGUUCGGCGGCGGCGUCCCUUUGUUGUUCUGCUGCAUCUGGAUCAAGGACUUCACCGUCGCGUUGGCGAACCAGCUGCGCAGGGAGCUGAGCCGCGGCGACGUGACGGCGGAGCGGGUCUUGGAGUUCCGCUGCGGCUGGACCAAGCUGGCCAGCCUCAGCACGGGGCUCGUCACUGCCCCCAUCAGCUUCCUCAUGUUCAUGAGCAUGAUCAUCAUCUUGUGCACCUUCCACGCCUACGAGGUCAUCGUGCAGGUGGCCAACGUCAAACCCGAGGUGGCGUUCACCAUCUUCAUCAUAGGUGUCAUCUACUACGUCAUGAUCAUUCUUCUGUGUGACAUUCCGCACCGAUCAUCCGAAGCGAUACGGAAGAAUUUCUUGGAGGUGCUGCAGACUCCCUACCACGUCUCCAAAGAAGUCCGGUAUUAUGAGCUUCGAAGCUUUCUCGAGAUAGUGUUGUGGGACUUCCCUGUGACGACGGUUGGUGGAUACUUCGAUCUCAAGAGAAGCUCUCUUCACACGAUUUUUGCUGUGAUUGUCACCUACGUCAUCGUGAUCUUACAGUUCCAACUGAGCUCUCACUACGCAGCUUGUUCCAGCAACAAUAUGUCCGCUUCACUUAAAAAUUAAUUUUAAACAAAAACAAAAAGACAUACGUGUUGCGUAUUUUGUUUGCUGAAUGGCGUAACCCGAGUAAGACCCCCAUAUCGCCCUGCCAAAUAACGCCAAUAAAAUGUGCUCAGUUUAUUGAACCCAGUGACUCAGCAUAUUUAAU